UAAGCAAAACGCCCCUUAAACGGCUAAACCGGGCUUAAAAAAAAAAAAAAAAAGGCAAAGGAGCUGGGGACGGAAAGGGCUUCUUUGUUCUGUCUUCUCCAGAACGUUACAAGGCUCAGGGCUCAGGACAAGAGCAGCAGAAACGCAUGCACCAUGGUGACUGGAACCCUCAGGACCUUGCAAUAUGAAUAAUUCUCUGGAGAACACCAUUUCCUUUGAAGAAUACAUCCGUGUGAAGGCGCGAACGAUCCCCCAGCACAGGAUGAAGGAGUUCCUGGACUCCCUUGCUUCCAAGGGGCCGGAAGCCCUGCAGGAGUUUCAGCAGACCGCCACCACCACCAUGGUGUAUCAGCAGGGUGGCAACUGCAUUUACACGGACAGCACAGAGGUGGCUGGGUCUUUGCUCGAACUUGCUUGCCCUGUGACAACCAGUGUCCAGCAGCAAACUCAGCAAGAGCAGCAGAUACAGGUUCAGCAACCCCAGCAAGUCCAGGUCCAGGUCCAGGUGCAGCAGUCACCGCAGCAGGUCUCCGCCCAGCAGCUCUCUCCGCAGCUCACUGUCCACCAAGCUUCGGAGCAGCCGAUACAGGUCCAGGUGCAGAUCCAAGGGCAGGGGCAGCAGCAGGCGUCCCAGACAAUACAGAGUCAGUCUCUUCAGAGCCCCAGCCCGUCUCAGCUGCAGGCAGCUCAGAUCCAAGUGCAGCACAUGCAGACUGCCCAGCAGAUCCAGGCUGCCGAGAUCCAGGAGGAGCACAUACAGCACCAGCAGAUCCAGGCCCAGCUCGUGGCCGGACAGGCCAUUACUGGUGGCCAGCAGAUCCAGAUCCAGACGGUCGGGGCGCUCUCACCUCCUCCUUCUCAGCAGGGCUCUCCGCGAGAGGGAGAGCGGCGGAUCAGCACGGCCAGCGUCCUUCAGCCGGUGAAGAAACGCAAAGUGGAUAUGCCUAUUACUGUGUCGUAUGCUAUUUCAGGGCAGCCAGUUGCCACAGUGCUGGCCAUUCCUCAGGGCCAGCAACAAAGUUACGUCUCGUUACGGCCAGACUUAUUAACGGUGGACAGUGCCCACCUGUACAGUGCCACCGGGACCAUUACUAGCCCCACUGGAGAGACUUGGACCAUCCCCGUUUAUUCUGCUCAGCCGCGUGGUGACCUUCAGCAGCAAAACAUCACCCACAUCGCCAUCCCUCAGGAGGCCUACAACGCUGUCCACGUCAGCGGCUCGCCAACGACACUGGCUACCGUGAAGCUGGAAGACGACAAGGAUAAGAUGGUGGGAAGUACUUCAGUCGUGAAGAAUUCCCACGAGGAAGUGGUGCAGACUCUUGCUAAUUCGCUCUUUCCAGCGCAGUUUAUGAAUGGCAACAUCCACAUUCCAGUGGCAGUGCAGGCUGUGGCAGGGACGUACCAGAACACGGCACAGACAGUGCACAUAUGGGACCCCCAGCAGCAACAGCAGCAGCCCACCCCCCAGGAGCAGGGGCAGCAGCAGCAGCAGCUACAAGUCACCUGCUCAGCUCAAACCGUUCAGGUUGCUGAAGUUGAACCACAGCCGCAGCCACAGACUUCACCUGAACUUCUACUUCCAAACUCUCUGAAGCCAGAAGAAGGGCUGGAAGUGUGGAAAAGCUGGGCACAGACCAAGAAUGCAGAGCUGGAAAAAGAAGCCCAAAAUAGGCUAGCACCUAUUGGAAGGCGUCAGCUGCUGAGGUUCCAGGAAGAUCUCAUCUCUUCAGCUGUGGCUGAGCUGAAUUAUGGUCUAUGCUUAAUGACACGAGAAGCUCGAAAUGGUGAUGGUGAACCCUAUGAUCCAGAUGUGCUCUAUUAUAUCUUCCUGUGUAUUCAGAAGUAUCUCUUUGAAAAUGGUCGAGUAGAUGACAUCUUCUCAGAUCUCUACUAUAUUCGGUUCACUGAAUGGCUGCAUGAAGUUCUCAAAGACGUACAACCUCGUGUUUCCCCUCUUGGUUACGUCCUCUCCAGUCACGUAACAGAAGAGAUGCUGUGGGAGUGUAAGCAGCUGGGAGCUCACUCCCCUUCCACCUUGCUCACUACACUGAUGUUUUUCAAUACAAAAUACUUCCUGUUGAAAACAGUAGACCAGCACAUGAAGCUGGCCUUCUCCAAGGUGUUGAGGCAGACCAAGAAGAACCCUUCUAAUCCCAAGGAUAAAAGCACGAGUAUCCGCUAUCUGAAGGCUUUUGGCGUACACCAGACGGGCCAGAAAGUUACAGAUGACAUGUAUGCGGAGCAGACUGAGAAUCCAGAGAACCCCCUGAGGUGUCCGAUAAAGCUGUAUGACUUCUACCUCUUCAAAUGCCCCCAGAGUGUGAAAGGCCGGAAUGACACGUUUUACUUGACUCCGGAGCCAGUGGUGGCCCCCAACAGCCCGAUCUGGUAUUCCAUCCAGCCGAUCAGCAGAGAGCAGAUGGAGCAGAUGCUCACCCGGAUCCUGGUGAUACGAGAGAUUCAGGAAGCUCUUGCCGUGGCUAAUGCCAGCACCAUGCACUAAGGCAUCCUUCUUGGCUCAGAAGGGGUGGGGUGGGGUGACGGGGGAGGGACAAGCAAAGAUAAAUUGUACAGACUUUUACACUAAAGGAGAUGCCUAAGUUUUUGGUUUUUUAUUGGUGUAGUUAUGAAGCCCUUUUAGGCUUCUUCUCUUUAAAAGAAUCUAAAGGAAAAACCUACCCAUUGUGUAUCCUACCCAACACAUCAAACUGUUGGAACCAUUGGAGGCUGCAUAUCCCCUGCAAGCUGGGAGCUGUGGAAAGCUGCUGGUUGACUCUGUUUUUUUUUAUGAUGUAGAAAAUAUGAACUACAGAAUUGGCCUGGAUGACUGGGGCCUCUGUCUCCUUGGAGCACGUGCAGCCUAGAGGGCACAGAAUGACGGAUGGACCUGCUCAGCCAGUGGAAGAGAGGCAGGCAUCUUCUUUUCUUGUGCUUGGACGUUAAUUUGCUGUUAUCUUGGAAGGAAGAGGAGAGAGUGAACUACAAUUGUCAUUUAUACAAAGAAAAAAAAAACAAACAACGAUUUCUAUUCAGACCUUUAAGUGACAUUUUUAGAUGUUAAAAGUACAAACUUUACCACACUCUUCUUUUUUGGCCUAACGUUGAGGCCUUAAACCUUGAGGCUCCUGUGCCUGAUGGAAUUCUUGUAACAUACACUUGUGUAUCAUAUAAAGAUACCACCCUGUUUCUCUUAUGUAUUCUUACUCUAGUUGUUUAUUAAGAAUGACGAGCACGUCUUUUCAACAUGCCAUUGAACAAUGUGUCUUUAUUUGGGGAAGAGUGAGCUGUGAGGGUGGGGGGGUCAUUAUACAAAGAUCAGUUUGCAAACUGGUUGUUCUCAUCCCUGUUUGUGCUUUCCAGCUUGACUCUGCUGGACUUCUUUCACCCCGACAAAUGAGGAAGGUAGAAGGGGAUUAAAUUAUAUUGAAGGACCUGGCUGCUUGCUGAUGGAAGCUCAGUGUCAGGCUAGGAACGUGGGAUCUGUGAGACCAGCUCAGACCGUCAGUCUGUCCUAAUGUUCCGUGGCCAGCCUGUGAGGCUUCACUCCUAGGCAAAUCCCCCUCUCCCCGCCUUUACAAACGCACCAUACCGACCGCAUGGUGGAGGGGUGUUGGAGAGAAAAGGGCCUUCCAGGAGCAGCACAUGUGCUGCUAUGUAACAGCUUUUUCAGAGUUUAAUACAGCUGUGUAGUUUCUGGCAUCGUUCAUGAUCAUAAACCCCAACCCUGUAGCCUUGCCUUCCUGCAUCUUAAGUGGUUGCUCUAUUCUAUAUUAUUAACAAAUAGUCUGCUCUUUUGAAGCCAGCGGGUAGCCAACCAUGCUCGAAAUGGGAGAUCACUCUAGCCAGGCUUGUUAUUUGUGCCACAAGCUUCUUGGAUGUGGAGAGGUGACUCUGCUUCUAGAACUUGUCUUCCUUGCUUUUCCAUCUCAUGUCCCUUCCCCGUUCCGAAAUAUAUAGGCAUAUACUUCAAUAUAUAUAUUACAGUAAAAGAACUUGUGUACAAGCAAGCAAAUUUCUGAAGCUUCUGUUGGCCACCACCUGUCUGUAUGGAGGAGGAAGGUUUGCCCUCUCCGUCGGUGUGCACAGGGUAAACCUGCACAUCGGAUGAGGGUAGGCGUAAUGCUGUCUGCUUCUGUGCUCCUGAUCCUGGCAGAGGUGUGUGGGCCUGGAGAGGCUUCAGGCCUCUCAUGCUUCAUGUUGACAGUGGUAUUCCUGAGAAAGCAGAUGUGCUUGAGUUGGUCGCGAGUACAAUUAGUUUGUUCCCUGUGUAGGACUCUGUGCUUAAAUGGGUGCGGAGAGGUGAGGUAGCAGCUCGCUGUUACUGGUACCUGCACUCUUGACUUGUAGCUUAGUUUCCCACCUCAGAGUUACGCAAGGGGAAAAUGGCCUUGGGUUGGUGCCCAGUUCCCAGUGGGUACACUGGAAAGAUGGCACCUGGGCGGUGUCUGAUGCUGGAAACUCACCUUCAGCUAAAUUCAGCCAUCGGGAGUCAGCUGCUGCCUCCUGGUAGGGUGACUGUCAGGGUUGCUGGUGCCACUUCAGCUGUCAGAAGCCUACAAUCCCUUCACCAUACCUUAGCGACUGAAGUGUAUCUGUGGCCCUAACUUAAAUACUUGAUCAGUUAUUUGAGAGAAACUGCAGACCACCUGUGCUCAAGCCCCAGCGUGUGCUCUGCAGUACUGCAUGUGAAACUAGCUCCAGCAUGCCUGCACUGCUGUGUGAGCCCGCUGCUUUGUCUCCAUCAGACAUGCAGCCAUAUGCCAGGUACUAAGUCUAGCAGUCGCUUCGUUGAGCGGCUUUGGGAGUCACUGCUUCUAAAAGUUGCCAGAAGCUGGAAUAACUCGAUGGAAUAUUAGGGCAGUUUCAGGUUAGGGUUGAACAGAUAUUUCAGCUGAGCUUUCACGAGAAACAGAAUUCCAUGUUACCUUAAAAAAUUCCAGCUGGUGCACUCUCCUUACUACCCUUAAUAGCAGGAUGAUCUAAAAUCCUAGCAGGAGACAAGUUCUCCUUCAUCUUGGACUAUACUGCUUAGGAGUGGAGGAACUUGGCACGUAGCCGUGGAGAUCUCCUAAGGACUGGUUUUGUUCUGAUAGACAGAAUUGUUUCCAUUACUUUCUCGUUCAGACCUACAUAGGAGAUGAGCUUGCUGACUUGGAAGUGGACUGCUGUACUGUUGUGUACCGUCUCAUCAGAACGUCCACUGUGUUAAUUUCAUUCCCUAUUUUUAGAGACAAUCGAUAUACUGUGAUUUAAGGAUUAUUUUUCUGGGCCUGGCUUCUAGUCUGGCUCUCUGGAGCUAGUUUAAAAGGUACAGUAUUUCUAGGAUAUAAAUACUACGUUCUUUGAUAGUGAAGAACAGGAUCUGCUCCCUUUUAGGGGCUCACAGGAAGAUGUGCACAGAGUAGCACAGACGAGUGCUGUGGCUUGGGGUUGCUAUCCAAGUUUCUGGGAAGUGUUCCCAGUCAAACGUGUAAAAUAGCUUUUUAACACUUUCCUAUAACCAGCUUGUUUGAAUGCUGCUUAAAGGGCAUUCCACCUAGGCUCCGAGAGUGCCAAACUGCUAGCUCUUGUAUGCGUGUAUAUAUUAAAUGAGAACCCUCCGUGCCCUCUGCCUUGUAUGAGACAGGCUGAAAAUACAUUGAUCUUUAAAUAACUAAAGCUGAAAAAGUCAAACUAGAAGACCCUGCGUUGCUGGUUUUGAACUAUGCCCAUCUUGUCUCUGUGGUAUGAAAGGAACUGUAGAAAGCAGAGUAUGACUGACUAUUGUAAAGCACCUCACACUGACAUUACUCAUGUGUUGUCCUCUCUCUUGACACUAAUAGCAUUGCUUUCUUACAGAAACUUGUAGCCCUCUACACACUUGUCCAUGGCACCAUUAGAUUUUCAUUCACUUUCAAGAGUUCAAGCGUUUUCUUUACGUGGUAAUGGCUGAAGCAGCAGACCAGAGUGGUUCUUCGCUCCUGCCUAGAGCGGUGAGCGAAGGGAACAGUCUAGGUGUAGCUUAACAGGACGUUUGUCUGCUGGCUGCUUUACCCCCAGAGAUCUCCUGGGUUUCAGGUAGGAGACAAGGUCUGGAGUAGAUCUUGCCUUGGGCCAAUGAAAAAGACUUAUUGUGAUCCCUAAAUAAGAAUCCUCUUCCGCGCUGCUGCUCCUAGGGCAGAAAUUAAGAGUCUUAUUCUCGCCUGCAUCAGGGCUACCAACUGCUUUGGUGUGCUCUGAAUGAAUUAGGCUAUCUUCAGGCCUCCUACACAGUGAUAAGAACAGCUCCAGAAGUGGUAGAAAUGGGCCCUCUGAGCAUACGUGGGGUGGAGGCCUUCGUAAUACUGUAGUUGCUCAUCUUCUUGCUGAUCUGAGUGCUGCUAGACAUUAACUGGCUCUGCACAGUCUAACCAAACUGCAUUCUUAUCCAAUUUUAAUAGUGACUUACUUGCAAUUAGUGUUUGGGCUCUUAAAUCACUGUUAAAGUGGGAUAUAAACUGUCUUCCACCCAAUAUGGGACUCUUCUCCCCAUCUUCUUGCUGGAGCUGCUCCUCUCAAAUACUACAGGGAACGUACCUUACUCUAUCGUUUCAGCCUGUUCCGUCUCACUGGUGCCAAUGCAUAUGAAAAAGCCCUUCUCAGCUGCUGGCAGUGCUAACUCGAGCAUCUUCCUACCUUAAGAAGCAUCUCAAAUCUUCUUCCAGAAGUCUCACUGACACGCUGCCCCAAGUCUCUGCAGCAGUUGCUGUGUCCCCUACCUGUCGGUUCCCUUCCGUUGGGUGGCUGAAGCUCAGCUCUCAGCGCCGCACUCGCUUUCCCUCUACAGCCCUGCGCGUAGCAGCAGUUUGCCUGCUUCUCUGUUCUUAUUUGAGCUCAUCAGGAUGGGGAGGCAGAUCGAACCCACUUACAGCAGCAAUAAACGGUGUCUAGAACUCGAGGGAACUGCAGGAGAGACCAAGGUGGAGGGGAUGUCUCAGAAAGGCAGGGUCCAGUUGCAGCCCAGAGCCUCGCUUGAUAAUGAGUGUGCAGCCUAUAUGCAAAAUACGUCUUGUCUGUCCCUCCCGUGUUGACCCUGAUCUAAACAGCACAUGUGAUUGGCAUCCUGCAAAGUGACCUUCAGAACUCUCCAGUAGCUUUGCCCCGUGAGUAACUCACACUACAAAUCAUUUUAAAGAGAUGCACUCAACUAUUUUUUUAAUUUAAUUUUACUCUUAUAUUCUCUGCUCUUUGUAAUCUGCUUGGAAAUAAAAUGUUUUUCCCUGCA